UUCCGACUGUCUUCUCAGCACCUUGGACUUCUCGACAACCACACCACCGAUGUUGUCCUGCGUAAUGUACACUUCGGUUGUGAACCCGGAUGUCAACUUUCCGCCUAGCGGGCCGGGCUCAGUGAUUCAAUUCUCCGUAGGACCGUAACUCGUCAGGCGGGUUGUUCACGCGUCGGUCAUCGUGGUCAAACAGAACAGACCGUGUUACCGUGGUUGAUCCUUCUCGCCGAGGGACACGCCAUGGGAGACGAUCUACAUAAAAUACGGGUGGUCAGCGUACAGUGUACGCGCUCCGAGUCCCAGGCCUGCACCCGCUGGUACUAAACGUCACGGAUAAGAUGCUGCUACGGAGCUUCGUGGCUAUUCCUGCGAUUGCCCUAGCCACCAUUCUAACGGGCAUCGUGGUUGCUAAAGAGCCGAGCUCAGAGUUUGAUUGGCGGUCCAUCGAAUACACGAGCUCGGACGGUGCCAAUUGGAUAGAAUAUUUGACGGGAUGCUUCGCGGGGAACCCUGCCCUAUGUCCGCGAAAGCUGUGGAACUUUGCUUUUGCCGGUGCAGACAUCGACGGGAAUAUUUUGCCACUGCAUCACAACUUCACCGUGCCGCUAGUUGACCAAGUGAAGCAAUGGGUCACCAACGCCAAGGACGUCAUCCCCCAUCCGGUGAAGAAUACACUGACGGCAUGGUGGAUCGGCAUCAACGAUACAGGAGACACUGUCUCCAACACGACAAUCACGGACUGGACUGCGUUCUGGAAUGCUGAAAUGACGUCGUAUUUCAGUGCUGUGCAAUCCGCCUACGACAAUGGUCUCCAGGGCGCAUAUCUUUUCAUCAACGUGCCGCCCGAGGAACGUUCGCCGGCCAAUAUCAAUUCCCCAGACACCAUAAAGGCGCACAUCGAUCUAUACAACAGCAUCCUCGCGGACUACGUCGCGACCUUUGCCAAGACGAAUCCGGCGGCAAGUGUGCUGACGUUCGACGCGCAUUCUUGGUUCAACCAGGUGCUCGACAACGCGGCUGCGUAUGGCUUCACUAACAUUACUGGGUACUGCACUUGUACCGACCCCUCAUAUUUUUGGUACAAUACCGGACAUCCGACCGAACGUGUGCACCGCCUACUCGCCGCUGCAAUCGAAAACCGUCUGGAGAUGCUUCGACUUGACAGUCAGUAGUGCAGAAUUACUGGUUGGUAGAUGAAUAACAAGCGAGAG